AUGAUAUCCAAGAGGGAAAACUUUCCUAGUUUAUGCAAAGCAUAUUCUCAUCUCCGAUCAAAGAAUUGGGUGGUUAGGUCAGGGUCUCAGUAUGGCGUGGACUUUGUAGCUUAUCGCCAUCAUCCUGCUCUGGUGCACUCAGAAUAUGCUGUGCUUGUUUUAUCCUCAGAAGGAGGCAAUGGAAAUGAUCGUUUGAGGGUCUGGUCUGACUAUCAUUGCACUCUUCGGCUCUGUGGCAGUGUCGCCAAGACAUUGCUGGUUCUUCAUGUGGAGAAACAUAAUCUCGAUUCAGAAUCACCAUCAAGCUUAGAUAGUUACAUCAUCGAAGAGAGAACCAUUACUAGAUGGAGUCCAGAACAGUGCCGCGAGGAUAAAGUGUUAGCUAAAGCUGUAGAGUAA